UCAGAGGUGGAAUUAGUGUCAAAGUGGGGAUUUAGGGAUCCAACUUCCAGCUGCUCCCUACAGACACCCGGAGCUCGUGUUCUGGGAUUAAUCCCUAAAUUAUCCCGUGAUCCAUCCGAGGAGAUAAUGAGCUGGGGAGUGAUUAAAUCCCCGUGACGUGCUGGGUGUUCCCAAAUUAAUUGUGGGAUGUCAAACUGUAACGAGGAAUUGAGAUGUUCCGGGGAAUAAUCCAACCCUCGGGAACAAGAAACCUCUGGAAGUGUGGACAGAAGCCACUCCAGGUGUGUUGUGUUUCAUCUCCCAUUCCAAAGGUCGGAUUUUUGGGAUAGAAGGAAGUGACAGCUCUUUGUUUUCCUCCCGGGAUUCCGGAUCCCGCUGAGCAAUCCCUGCGGGAUUCAUGUGUCAUCCCAGAGCAUCCCAUGCUCCCAGGAAAACGUGACCCAUCCAGAAGUGCUGUGAUUAUUUCCCAGGACAAAAACUAUGGAUUUGGGAGUGAUUUUGGCUGGUUGUUCCACCAGAAGUUUGGCUCCCCUUGAAUUUGGAAGGAAGCUGAUUUUUCCAAGUUAUUAUUCCAAAGUAAUAUCCAAGAGAUAGUGACAAUUCCUGAAGAAUAUGGAUCCAUUUAUGGCCGGGAGUUUCUGCUCUUUAAUCCUUGGGAAUUCUGCUCAAAAAUGUCCCUGCCCAUAGUAGAGGGUUGGAUUAGAAGAUCUUUAAGAUCCCUUCCAUCCCAGAUCAUUCCGUGAUUCCAUGGAUAUUCUGGAGUGUUCCCGACACACCUGGAUGUUGGGAUAUCAGAGUGGAAAAGGAAGGAGCAGUUAUUCAGUGUGGUCCCUGUAGAUACACAUUCAUGGGAUGUGUUUUGGGAUAUCCUGGAUUUUCUCCGGGACCUGUUGGUCUGUGGGAAGCUCCUUCUGAGGAUGGAGUGGGAAUGGGAAUAUUCCAGGACAUUUAAGGCAAUAAAUAUUGGAAGUUUGUGCUGCUGGGAAUGGGGUGGCCAAUGCUGUUGACAGUCCUUUCCAAAGGAAAUGUUCAGGUGGUUGGAAAUGAUUAUGGAACAAUGGGUGGGUUGAAUUCCCAAAGAGAUUUUUGCCUGGAAAAUUUUCCCUCGGGCACCUUUAGGAGCUGAGUGUUGGGUAAAGCUUUGGACGUUCUGGAGUGUUCCCAACACACCUGGAUGUUGGGAUAGAGUGGAAGGAGAAGGAGCAGUUAUUCAGUGUGGUCACUGUAGAUACACAUUCAUGGGAUGUGUUUUGGGAUAUCCUGGAUUUUUCUCCAGGACCUGUUGGUCUGUGGGAAGCUCCUUCUGAGGAUGGAGUGGGAAUGGGAAUAUUCCAGGGCAUUAAGGCAAUAAAUACUGGAAGUUUGUGCUGCUGUGAAUGGGGUGACCAAUGCUGUUGACAGUCCUUUCCAAAGGAAAUGUUCAGGUGGUUGGAAAUGAUUAUGGAACAAUGGAUGGAUUGAAUUCCCAAAGAGGUUUUUGCCUGGAAAAUUUGCCCUCAGGCACCUUUAGGAACUGAGUGUUGGAUAAAGCCCUGGAGCGUUCAGGGGACUCAAAACUCAUCCACAUCCAUCCACAGCUGUUCCCAAACCUGUCUUGCAUCUCCACCUGGAAUGUGAGAGUACUGGAAGCAAACUGUGGAUGGAAUUAACGUUCCUAAAGAUUCCUGCUCUUUUUUUUAUUCCUUUAGUUUCUCCCGGCUUUGAGAGCGUUGCCCUUGGAGAGGAGGCUCAGCCCGACGAGCUGAUGAACGAGGACAUCCGUAUCCAUAGCUGGCCUUGCUCCUACUACCUGGACACCGGGAAGCAAUGGAUCUCUGGGAGACUCUCCCUGACUCCCGUCGGGAUCAAAUUCACAGCUGACAAAACCGGGGAGCUCUUGGUCGACUUCCACCUUUCCGGGAUCAGCGAGAUCAAGAAGGAAUCUUCCAACCUCAUCUUCAGCUCCCUCACCAUCCUGGAGAAGAACACCAAGCACUGGUUCAGCUCCCUGCAGCCCAACAGGAAUGUGGUGUUCAACAUCCUGGAGCACUUCUGGAGGGAGCAGCUGCUGGAGAGCCGAGGGGCGGGAGCGGAAGGAGCGGCUGCGCGGCCCGGGAAGGGGAAGGAACUGACGGGAAUGUUGGCGGGAUCCCAGAAACGCCUGGAGGACACGGCCAAGGUGCUGCACUACCAGGGGGAGCAGUUUGACAACAUCAUGAAAGGGCUCAACAAGAUCGAGGGGGACAUGGAUGUGGCUGACAGGUUGUUGACAGAGCUGGAAUCUCCUUCCUGGUGGCCCUUCAGCAGCAAACUCUGGAAAACACCUCUGGAAUCCAAGCCCAAGGAAGCGGCCGCAGCUUCCGAGCCCAAGAACCAGGAAGGAAUCAUCCUGAGAAUUCCAGUCAUUAUCACCCACAGAACAGACUCCAGUGCCAAGCCAGGAAAACUCACCCUCUUUGCUUCUGGCCUGGAGAUCAGUGACUGCAAUUCCCAGGUGAUCCACAGGUUUGAAUCCCGGGAUGUGGAUGAUAUCCGGGUGCACACUCCCUACGAGAUCAGCGUCCGCCAGAGGUUUAUUGGGAAGCCCGACACGUCCUACAGGCUCCUGUCAGCCAAGAUGCCAGAGCUCAUUCCCGUCCUGGAGAUGCAGUUCAGCAAGAAGAUGCAGUUCCUGGAGGAUGCCUUGGGAUUUGGGGGAGCCAGGAAGUCUCCUCAGGUGGAUUUGGGGACGUCCAUCUGGCAGGCGGCCACAGGACUCCUGGGAGGGGUGGUGCAGCCUGGAUCUCCAGCAGGAAGCAGGGAAGGGAUGGACAAUGAGCAGGUUCAGCUGCAGCAGCACGAGAAGGUCUCCCAGGAAGAGGCAAAAGAGCUGAGACAGAUCCUGAAGAAGCUGAAGGGCCUCGCCCUGGAGACGGAAGCAGAGCUGGAAAGGCAGGAUGAGGCCCUGGAUUCCAUCAGCAGCUCCGUGGACAGGGCCACGCUGACCAUCGACAAGCAGAACCGCAGGAUGAAGAGGCUCACGUAGCCCUGGGAAUGGGAAUGGGAAUGGGAAGAAGAGGAGGAGCAGGGAACUGGAUUCAUCCACACUGUUCCUGCAGGGACACUUUGAUUGCCUGGGAGGUGUUUGGGAACACCUUGGAAUUCUGUGCUGCUGGUGUGGACUUCCCGGAGCUUUGGUUUUCCUGAGGGUUUGGUUUUCCUGAGGGCUUGGUUUUCCUGAGGGCUUGGAAUUCCUGAGGGUUUAGGAAGUAUUUCCAGGUGUUUUAGGUUGAAAAAGGGGAAAACUUUUAACCCUGGGAGUGAAUCCUUCCCUGCAGAACCCGUGUAAAUAGGAAGGGAUGUGACCGACCCUGACUCGACUUGGAUGUUGCUUUUUUAUGUUGCUGCUUCCGAGGGGUUUUAUUUUGGGGGGGAGGUAUUUGUAGCCCUGGAGCCCUGGGAAUGGGAAUGGGAAUGGGAAGAAGAGGAGGAGCAGGGAGCUGGAUUCAUCCAGACUCUUCAUCCAUGGACACUUUGGUUGCCUGGGAGGUGUUUGGGAACACCUUGGAAUUCUGUGCUGCUGGUGUGGACUUCCCGGAGGUUUGGUUUUCCUGAGGGUUUUGUUUUCGUGAGGGCUUCGUUUUUCUGAGGGUUUAGGAAGUAUUUCCAGGUAUUUUAGGAUGAAAAAGGGGAAAACUUUUAACCCUGGGAGUGAAUCCUUCCCUACAGAACCCGUGUAAAUAGGAAGGGAUGUGACCGACCCUGACUCGACUUGGAUGUUGCUUUUUUAUGUUGCUGCUUCUGAAGAGUUUUUUUCCAGAUAUUUUUUAGUGAAAGGAGCUGCUUUGGACGAUAAUUUCGAUUAUUACAACCAAUUAAUUCCCUCCCAAGGUCUUUUAAAACACUUAAUAUCUGAAUUAAAGCCCAAAUACCCAACUGAGGCUUUUUUUGGGGGGGUGACUUAAUGCUCAGGUGAGCAAAUGAUGGGGAUAAAAACCUCGUGUUCCCUCAGCAAAUGCUUUUAAUUCUGCUUUUAAUUCACCCAGAAAUGAAUUUAUGAGAAUCUUGAAGACUUUGGGGGAAGAUUUGAUGGUCCUGGUACAUCAUUUUUUGGCUUCUUUAUUUAUUUAUUAACACUAAGUGCUGACAAAACAUUUCAGGAGUUCUUAUUAUUUCAACUUCUUUUUCUCCAAUAAAAAAGGGACUAAUGGCAAGUGGUGUCCUUUGGAAUUUCCAGUUGGGAAUAUAGGACAGGAGAGACCUUUCCCUCUCCUUAAUUGUUGAUAUAUAUAGGAAAGAUUCCAGGUAAUCCAUAGAAAACUCCCAUUUCAUCGAUUCCCAGUUGAUUUCCCCCCUUUACCACUUAUUUAAUUCAGAAUAUUUGGUGCAAUAUGUCCCUUUUUUCAGCGUUUUUAUUUUGUUAAAUUCAGUUAUUCUGGUGUUGCUUGAAAUCCAACACUUUCAGUGCAAUAUUUGUAACUUCAAGCUUCGAUUUUCCAUUUUUUUUCCCACCUAAACUGGAAAGAGAAAUCCAGGAAAUCCCGGAGAGGGGGUUGUUUUCCAGCUUUUCCUCUCCCUUGGUUUGUAUCCCUUCAAUAAUUUUCCGGUCCUGGUUGUUCCUGGCAUGCACUUUAAUGCUGAAAAUCGUGAUUAUUCUCUAUAAAUAAGUGAUUUACUGUGAAAUAAAUUCGUGUUUGGGGUUCUCCUGUUGUUUCCCACCCCCCAAAUCGCUGUUGUUGGACUGUGAAGCCAAGACAAGGUUUACACAAGGAAUUAUUCCCUGGAUUUCCAAGUGUGUUUUGUGUGGGAACUGAUCCUGGUGCUGCCUGGGAUGGAACCUCUGAGCUGAAUUUUCCCAAAUCAGCACUGCCAAAAUUAAAUAUUCCUUAUUUUGGCCUUGAA